AUGUCUUGUAAGGAACAUGCUGAUUUUACUUCUGCGUGCACCGUGUAUUUGCAUCCUUUAGGUUUCAACAGUCAAGUUCUUCAAAUUUUCAUCCCAUCCUUUUACAUAACCAUUCGGGCGUAUAUUGCUCCGCUUGGCGGAGCUCUUGCUUGUUAUCAUAUAACACAUUUGUUAUCUACAAGUCAAUUACAUUCGAGACAGGUUGAUUCCGACAGUAGAGACUCACUUCAGACAAUUGCCCUGCUGGAGAUAUACAAGUCACAGAGAGCUAUAGCCUAUUAUCUUGAAUUGGCAUAUCUUUCUUUCUUUGACUACCCCGAAAUCAAAAAGGAGGUAUUAACGGCAUCGCAGUCUGCCAAGGAAAAACAUGGAAUCACAGCUCACCGUGAAUGGCAUUGCUUAGUCAACGAAUUAAACUGGGAACUGGAGGUUCUUACCAAUUAUCGUUUUAGCAAUAUAGAUAUAGCCAUUAAGUGUGCAUAUAGUCUGAAAGUUUUUUUAACAGAAGAACUACAGAAAAGUUAUAUUGAACUUCAAGACAUUAUCCGGAAUCUCAUAAAACGUUGCGAAAAUUUCACAAAUUUGCAUAAACACAAGGAAGCAAAAGCACGCAAUAAAAAAUCCCUUCGUUCAGAGGAUUCUCAUUCUGGAAUUAGGAGGAUGAUGAUUGAGAAGGAUGCAAGUAGUAUUUAUUCCGGUAGCUACAAGUUCGUUCCUAAAGAAGACGUAAAAGCAUAUACAUUUGUGCUAGAUAAAAACACUGAAAUAGCCAAAUAUUCCAGCAAACAUUACAAAGGAAAACCGGAAAUGAAAAUAUUUAAGCAGGAGGACAUGCCUAGCAUAAGGGCUGGAGGUAAACAUAAAGACAUGGUCUCUCCCGGUUUGAAAACCCUCAAAAUUCUGUAAUUAACUUACUACUAUUCUAAUUCAACAAUCAAAUAAACAGCUGUUUUCCAUAUUAAGUACUUUUCAAAAACACACUUAAAGGUAAUGGACCUGUAAGUAUGUGCCUCCUUUUGAAGAGUAUUCAGUUCCUACCAUAAACCUACUCAUACACAUAUUUUGACUAAUUUUUAAGAAUGGCGUGGAUUCAAGUCGUAGCAGGACCAAAAUUGUUUUUUCUUUAUUAUAUUUCUUUCUUAGUUUAAACUGUAUUUAUUUCCACAAAUUGUAUAUACAAACAUGAGUACUAUAUUUAAAUUAACAAAGUUUGAUAAAAAGACAUACAUCAAUCAAAAUAGUACAAACAAACAAACAAAGAAAUUUUCAAUCGAAUGGAUUGGAAAACAAGCUACUUAAAACUUAUAUAAAUUCCGCUCCAUAAGAAAAACAGAGGUUAGGUGAAGAAUAGUAACUAGGCUGUGUAAGUAUGUGUAUCAUGUUGUGUUAAUCGGAAUAUGAAUGUGAAAAAUAAAUGCAUAAUGCAAAGUUUUUGUGUGUGUGUGUGUGUUUUUUUUGUGUGUUUUUUUUGUGUGUUUUUUGGUUUGUGUGUGUGUGUGUGUGUGUGUGUGUGUGUGUGUGUGUGUGUGUUUUAAUGAUGAUUGAAGAAUUAACGAGCAUUUUUAUGCUAUUGUCUCUCGUCGUCGUUUGGGGGUGGGAGAGGGGAGAUGUUGAUUGUCGCAGCUUAUGUACUGAAUCUAUUUGUUGAGAUGAUAAAUCGUUGAACGUCAGUGAAUAGGGAAAUAUUACGUUGAUAAGAUAGAUGUUCAUCACCAUACAGUAGAUUGUUAAGAGUUAGAGCGCAUUGGAGAUUGGAAAAUAUGUCAGUUCGAAGAUUUUGGUAUUUUCGACAAUGGAGCAGAUAAUGGUCGACAGUUUCUAUCUCACCACAAUCACAUCUAGCGGUGUUUGUGAUUCCUCGGCGGUUGAGGUCAUAGUUAAGGGAGCUACAACCUAGACGUAAUCGAGCAUGAAGAAUUUGGCCUUUUCUGGAUCCAGCAUUAAAUAAAGGAUUUGAUUUCGGUAGGUUUUUAUUCAGAUUUGAUUUGAAGGCAUUGACUGAAGGAGAUGAUUUGAUAUGUUGAGGAAGUAAGUUCCAGUCGUUUAUUGUCUGAGGAAGAAAGGAAGAUUUGUAUGAAUGUGACUGGCAAAGGAUAUUUCUGAUGUUUCUUUGAUUAAAUCUAGUAUUGAUAUUAUGUUGGUUUUCAGGAAUUAGUGAAGACAGGUAGGCGGGUGAUAGACCAUUGACCAUUUUAUAGAACAAAACAAGGCGAUAUUUUUUUCGUCGUUCUGUCAGAGGUUCCCAACCGAGAUCGAAUAAGAGUUUCUGGAUGUUACAGAGUUUAGUGGCACCGGUGACUAUACGUGCAGCCUCGUUCUGGACGGCCUCGAUUUCAUUCUUAAGAGCUUCUGUACAGUUGUCCCAAACAACAUCAGAAUAUUCCAGGAUUGGACGAAUAAAUGAAAAGUACAUUCGUUCGAGACUUCGUCGAUUUAAUAGAUAUUUAAGGGAUCUCAUUAUUCCAAUUCGUUGCCAAGCUUUUUUCAAAGUAAUAGAUAUAUGUGAGGACCAUUUUAGAUCCGAGGAAAAGGUGAGACCGAGAUGUUUGUGUUCAGUCACUUCAGUGAUUGGUAUAUUGUUCAUAUAUAAUUGAGCAUGAUUGGGUUUGUAGAGUUUUCUUGAAA